AAUAGAAACUGAUGCGCGGAGGGAGAGAGCAGCUGCCAGAGGCCAGGAGGAGGUACCUGUGGAGGGCAGGGUGGGGGAAUGGGGUGUCCAGUACCGCGUGCAUAGGAUGAUGCAGAGAGGCAGAGUAAGAGCUGAAUGAAGUGGUCUAGAACCUGACAUACCCCCUCUGCCUGCUUCCAACUGGCCACAAAGUGCAACAUGCUGGUAGCCAAGUUGUCACUACGCUGUUAAACAGCCAGAAACCGCCACACAAGCCUUUGAUUGCCCAUUGAUAGAAAUGACUCAGAAUCUGACAAAAGAAAAUGGAUUCAAACAGUUUACAAAGGAGCCUUGUAACACACCCCAGAGCAGUGACACUUUAUAUUCCAACACAAACAGCCCUUCAGACUCUAGUGUGAAACCUCUCUGCAAUGCCGCAUCUGAAACGAAAAGCCAGUGCAUCAACGGAGUUAAAUAUGUCUCCUCCGCGGGAGAGGUACUUGAGUGCGGGUGGGGGGCUUUCACACCCAGUUGUUUACAGUUCUUCAACACUCCUAAGGGGAUCUUGUGUUUCCUCUGCGUGGCUUCUUUUUUGCAAGGGAUGACAGUGAACGGCUUCAUUAAUACAGUCAUCACCUCAAUAGAACGGCGCUUUGACCUGCGGAGCUACCAGAGCGGCCUGAUUGCAAGCUCUUACGACAUAGCAGCGUGUGUCUGCUUGACUUUUGUCAGUUACUUUGGGGGCAAUGGGCAUAAACCCCAGUGGCUGGGCUGGGGAGUGCUCAUUAUGGGACUCGGCUCUAUUGUCUUCACAUUACCCCACUUUGUCACUAGCCAGUAUGAAGUACACUUCACCGAAGAUAUCGGCAUGUGCUCGUCUAACCAGAGCAUGCAAUGUGCAGAAAGUGUCUCAACCCUCUCCAACUACCGAUUUGUCUUCAUGCUUGGGCAGUUCCUGCAUGGUAUUGGAGCCACUCCACUCUACACGCUUGGUGUGACCUACUUAGAUGAAAAUGUCAAGUCCAACUACUCUCCAGUGUAUAUCGCUAUUUUCUACACUGCUGCCAUACUGGGGCCCGCAGCAGGUUAUCUGGUAGGAGGAAUGUUUCUAAAUAUUUAUACUGAAAUUGGCAGACAAAUUGAUCUAACCCCAGAUCAUUCGCUCUGGGUUGGGGCCUGGUGGAUAGGGUUCUUGGGUGCUGGCGCCGCCGCCCUCCUCACUGCCAUCCCCAUUCUGGGUUAUCCUCACCGGCUGCCAGGAUCCCAGCGCUACAUCGUCAUGAGAGUCUCCGAAGCUCAUCAGCUGAAAGACGGGAGCCACGAAACGGCCUCGGAUCCCGACUUUGGGAAAACUGUGAAAGAUCUGCCACGGUCAGUCUUGCUCCUUCUGAAGAACCCCACUUUCAUCUUCCUCUGUUUAGCUGGAGCAACUGAAGCCACGCUCAUUGCAGGAAUGUCUACUUUUGGGCCCAAGUUCCUUGAGUCACAAUUUAGUUUGAGUGCCUCUGAAGCUGCUACCUUGUUUGGUUAUCUUGUCGUACCAGCUGGGGGAGUAGGAACAUUCCUGGGUGGAUUCAUCGUGAAUAAAUUUAAGCUUCGCUGUUCAGGAAUCAUCAAGUUGUGUUUACUUUGCACAGUGACAAGUCUCCUGGCUAUUUUCAUAUUUUUCAUUCAGUGCCCUAACAUGCCGAUGGCGGGAGUAACGCAGGGAUACGAGCGAAGGUUGCCAGAUGUCCAUUUUUCAAAUGAACACCCAAUUGUAAAGGGACACUCCACAGCCCUCCCCGGACUGGAGAAAAUGAACGACAUACUGAAAAGCAGCCUAAACCUGACAGCAGCAUGCAACACGGAAUGUGGCUGUCUAAGGGAGACCUACAGUCCAGUUUGUGGAAGCGAUGGCAUCCUGUAUUACUCUCCCUGCCACGCAGGGUGCAAAAAGUUCUCAGUCCUCGACAGUGGCAAGAAGGUUUACCACAACUGUAGUUGUAUCCUGGAGAAUGGUCCCGCGGGUUCUGCCCAAGCAAGAGCAGGAAAAUGCACUUCCUCCUGUGACAGAAGGAACCUCCUUCUGUGUUUCAUGUUCGUUGUGAUUUUCUUUACAUUCCUCAGCAGUAUUCCUGCUCUGACUGCAACUCUACGGUGUGUCUCCGACCGACAGAAAUCAUUUGCUCUCGGAAUCCAGUGGAUUGUAGUAAGGACUCUAGGAAGCAUUCCCGGUCCCAUUGCAUUCGGCUCAAUGAUUGAUCUGUCAUGUCUGGUGUGGCAAGACCAAUGUGGAGAACAAGGUUCUUGCUACGUUUACCAGAACUUCGCCAUGAGUCGAUACACUCUGAUUGCUGGAGUUGUCUACAAGGUGGCUGGAACAGUCUUCUUUCUGCUGGCCUGCUUACUUUACAAGCCUCCACCCCCGGAAUCCCAGCCCGGGAGCUCAGCUGCAUUAGAAAAUGGAAAAUGUGACCUCCAAGAGAACAAAUCCCCACUCCAGACCCAGGCUGCUGCAUAACACUGAAAAUACUGCAAGGAAUUUUCUCCCAGCCUCCGAAAUACCAUGGCAGGAUGUGUGAUGUCUUAUGGUUACUAUUAUUACUAUUGUGUUACACUUUUGUUUUUUUAAAAGGGUAUUUUAAAUAAGUUCUGGGUUGGCAUAAUGUUUUCUGAAUGGCAGAAGAACAGGAGAGGGUAUGUACUUGGAUCCAAAUGAGUAGAGACCUGCGCAGAUACACAAUUUGUAUCCGUAGCCACAUCUGCAUCUGCAAAAAUGAUCCAUGGGCAUCUGUAGGCACAGCUGGAUAUCUGCGGCAUUGCAGGGCUCUGCAUAUGAGGAUCUAUACACUGAUGCCAGACCCUUUGUUUUGCUUGAUCUAAAAAAGGGCUACCCAUAGCUUAGUAGCACUCUUGUAACAAACCUGAACCACACUAAAGAAGCUAGAGGAGCAGCGUGAGACCAAAUUCUCAGCUGGUGUAAACUGGCUCCAUUAACUUCUGCUGAGAAUCUGGCCUGUAACACAUACGUUAGAGCCAUCGCUAGCAAAGCACUUGUGUUCAGACGUGUUAGGUCUGAUGAACUGCCUAGCCUCAUCCGUGGGCCACUGGAUAAGAUGUGGCAGAGGGCCAGGCUCCGCCUUGAGCAGAAGGGGCGGGGCCUGGGACAGUUCCUCUGGAGCACCACCCAGCGUGCACCACGCCAGCCCCCAGUGCCAACUGGAGCGUGGUUCCCCCGCCCUUAGCACUGGGAGGCCUGUCCCUUCCCCACCUCCCCUCUUGUUGGGAGGUCUGGCCACAUGUUAAUUUGCACUGCAAAGGAAGUUAGCACUUAAACUACUACAGGUUGAACCUCUAGUUCUGAACCCUCAGUACCUGACGGGUGCUGAACCAGAGAAUUUGCCAACCCACGGCAGGUCAAUAUUGUCUAGCAGCAUGACCCUUCCACUGCUUGCUGGGCUCUUAGAAGACAUUUAGGAGUAAAUUAGAGCUAAACAACAGCACAGAAUGCUGAGAGCCAGGACUGAUGACUGUAAUCAGACUAGAGAGAUUCAACCUGUAUAUGCAAAGCAAGGAGCAAAACCAGUGACUUGUGUUGCAGCAGCACACACAGCAUUGUAUCUGUGUGCAGUUCAGUUAUAGAACAUUUAAUUGCGAUCAUAAGACGUGUUUGAGAUCAGGGAUUACCCGGGAUGUUCAUGGGUAGAUCACAUAGAACAUACUAUAGAAACUUGAACUCCACUGGCUAUUUUUAACACACUACCCAAGCAUUUUUAUAUCAGCCCCUGUGGGUUUGCAGUAUAGUUACAAUCUGCUUUUCUUAUACAUUGUGUUAAGCUGGACAAAUUUUGUAAUGGACUGUAAAGGCAAUUGGACUAUUUGUUGUCCUUGUGCAUUAGCUGUUGUGUUGUUUUGACACAGAAGCAUGUAAGAUAUGGAUCUAUGCAAUGGUUUGUUUGGUCUGCGAGUUAGGGACAUUGCUUUUAAGUACACCGAAAAAUCAGAAAUAAUUUAAUUUUUCUUACACUGCUAGUUUCAAGAGAAACCAAACAUAGCGAUCAACUUUAUUGUAGGAAGCUAAUGAAAAGAUUCACCAGGUGGGACAAAUAACCAUAGCUCAUGGAACAACAUUGAUUUGCACCAGGUGAUGAUCUGACCCAUUGUUUGGAAAAGCACUGGGCCAUAUUUUCAAAAAUGCCCUUUAAACAUGCCCUGCGGGAUUGGCCAUAAGUGGUUGGCGAGAACAAGCAAUGGAUUUUCAGCAUCAGAUAGCCAGAUUUAUGGGUGUUGGUCUCACCUGCGCCCCUGGAAUCAUGCAGGUGGCCAGAUCAUAUUAUUUGGGUUGUCAAAUAGUUGCACUGGUGAAAAAGGCAAGUCAAAAUUCCAUACUUGGAUUGAGGCCUCUCUCAGGAGAUACAGGCCCCUGAAAUCCUUACACUGGAUAAAGUUGUAGUGAAGAAUUAAUGGACAACCACUAUCGAGCUGUUUAACCGACAUUUGAUGUUUGCUAGAAAAUAUUUAGAAAGGUUUUGUAGAUACUUUGUAUAUUUUUCUAUUUAUGGUUUUGUAAAAGGGUCAAGGCUGAAAAGUUGGCUUUUCGUUUUUUCCCUCAAAGGUUUAAACAUUUCCAAGAACAGCCAGCACCCUUAAACACAGUCUGAGUCCAGACACGAAACUGUGGUCUGGGCUGGAGCAUGGACCCUGAAAUCUGCCCCUUUGUCCCACCCACAGUUCCAGCGGCUCCAACCUGAGCUGCAAUUUCAAAGCACUGUCUAUUCAGCAGCAUUUAUAGCUGUCAUCCUGGGCUGCGAGUCUUGUUGUCAAGUGCCAUGUGCACCUACCCUGGGAGAAAAUAACUAGUUUCAGGAAACACUGCAACAUC